AUGGUUAAUUCAGGUAGCAUACGGGAGAAGAAAUUUGCCGAAGGCUCACGCGAAGCAUUGCUUGUUGAGUCGCCUUUGCUGCGACUUCCGGAAGAGAUACGCUUGAUGAUCUGGGAGCAAGUUUUUGGAGGCUAUCAUAUAUAUGCAUACCCGAGACGCAAUAGCACUAGAAUCUCAAUUGAAUUUCGGAGCGAGGACACAACGGAAUCCUGGAGCACUAUAUCUGCAAAAAGAAGACAGGGGCCCAUCUUGAUCCUGGCGACUGUAUGCCGCCAGUUCUACAUGGAAACAGCAUUGCUCCCAUUUACCCUCAACCCCUGGCACAUGGAUUGCGAAUAUCUCAAGGAUUUUCCCUCUUAUAACGAGAACUGCCACGUACGAGCAAGGGAGCUGACAACCUUGGUUGUCUCCUACGAUGACACCAAUGAUAUCUUUAUCGACGGGAACAAUUUUCCGAACCUGAGGACAAUACUUUUGUGUUACUGGGGCUUGCAGCGGCCGUGGUUCUAUCAGAAUAGCAAAAAACCCCAUUUUAUGCCUCUCAGCUUUGGAAAUUGGGUUUUCGAAAAGGAAAUGCUGAAGUUCACGAGGGUGAAACGGGGCGAUCAGUGA